CCCCCGGUGACCCGGGACUGCCCCGGGCUGCGCCGGACGCAAGCGGACUACAAGUCCCGGCGUGCUCCGCGGCCGGCGCGGUGACGUCAGACGCCGCGCUCUCUUUAGGCCGCUCGUACCCGGAUGUAGGUCCCUUUCCCUCCCCGGAAGAUGGCGGGCGAGAAGGCGCCCAGUGAGAAGAAGGCAGCCGGUGAGAAGAAGCCAGCCAAGAAGAAGCCAGCUGAGAAGAAGCUGGCUGCGCAGAAGCCAAGCCAGGGACAAGUAGGUGAGAAGAAGAAGAAGGCCAAGAGGCAUCAUGCCAGCCGCAACCCCGUCCUGGCCCGAGGAAUCGGGAGAUAUUCCCGCUCAGCCAUGUACGCCAGAAAAGCACUGUACAAGCGCAAGUACACUGCUCCGGAAACAAAGAUAGAAAAGAAGAAGAAGGAGAAGCCACGCGCGACCAUCACCAAGCCAGUUGGUGGAGACAAGAAUGGAGGCAGCCGCGUUGUUAAAAUCCGCAAAAUGCCCAGAUAUUAUCCCACUGAAGAUGUUCCUCGCAAGCUUUUGAGUCACGGCAAGAAGCCCUUCUGCCAGCACAAGAGGCGGCUGCGGGCCUCCAUCACUCCCGGGACUGUUCUCAUCCUUCUGACUGGUCGCCACAGGGGCAAGCGCGUCGUCUUCUUGAAGCAGCUUGAUACUGGCCUCCUGCUUGUUACAGGACCUUUGGCUAUCAAUCGUGUUCCUCUGCGUAGGGCCCAUCAGAAAUUUGUUAUCGCUACAUCUACAAAGGUUGAUAUCUCUGGAGUGAAGAUCCCCAAGCAUCUCACUGAUGCAUACUUUAAGAAGAAGAGGCUGCGUAAGCCCAAGCAUCAGGAAGGCGAGAUCUUCGACACUGAAAAAGAAAAAUACGAGAUAACGCAGCAGCGCAAGACGGACCAGAAGGCAGUGGAUUCCCAGGUCCUCGCACAAAUCAAGAAGGUGCCUCAGCUCCGUGGGUACCUGCGUUCUACCUUCUGUCUCUCAAAUGGAGUCUAUCCUCACAAAUUGGUGUUCUAAGUGUUCUGAAAGCACCACAUUAAAUUUGAAAGGAAAAAAAA